AUGUCUUCCAAUGCUGAAGCUUGUACAGCUACUUCCCUUGCCAUUGAUGCAGUAUGUGAAGCGGAACGCUUGGAGCGUAAAUCUCUGGUUCUAUGGCGGCGGCCAUUGAAGACCUUAAAAUAUAGCAUAUUGGAGGUGCUUGUAAUGCUGCGUAGUCUUGGAGUGCGACUGCUGGAUCGACGGUUUUUGGCCAGCCUGAUGAUCUUAACAAUUGUCUAUAAGAUGCCGGGACCUCAUGCAUCCUAUAUGCAGCUGUGCCGAAAAAAUAUGGGCUUCACCGUCUACUGGUUGGGUCUGGGUCUGCUGUCCUCGGUGGGCUUUGGAACUGGACUGCACACAUUUCUGCUAUAUUUGGGACCGCACAUUGCCGGCGUUACAUUGGCUGCCUAUGAAUGCCAGACAUUGGACUUUCCAGCGCCGCCCUAUCCGGAGCAAAAGAUUUGCCCAAAGGAGCCAUUCAUCCAUAAAUUGCCAAACACAUGGGAAAUAUUGUCUAAGGUGCGAACCGAAACGAUGCUGUGGGGCGUGGGCACCGCCCUGGGUGAGCUGCCACCCUAUUUUAUGGCCAGGGCAUCACGUCUCUCUGGCAAGAACCUGGAUGAACGGCAGGGAUCUGCCGGCAAUCUGAAUCUAUUUGAUAAAAGCAAACUUCUUGUGGAGCGCGUCGUCUUGCGCAUCGGUUUCUUUGGCAUCCUCUUGUGUGCCAGCGUGCCAAAUCCGUUGUUUGAUCUGGCUGGCGUGGCCUGUGGCCAUUUUCUGGUGCCAUUUUGGAAGUUCUUUGUGGCCACGCUCAUCGGCAAGGCCAUUUUUAAGUCGAAUAUACAGCAGCUGAUCGUCAUUGUGGCCUUCAGUGAGGAUUUGGUCAGCGUUCUGAUUGAUGCAAUUGGCCAAGUGCCAUUGAUUGGUGCCAAAAUCGAGGCCCCCAUCCAAAGCCUCUUGAAUUCCACCAAGCAGCGUAUGCACCGCAAAGCGAACUCCGAUGAUCCGUUCACUGGCCUCAGCCUGGUGGCACACCUCUUUCAGCUCCUGGCACUGGUCAUUGUUGCCUACUUUGUGGUCUCGAUGCUGGGCGGACUGGCCCAAAGGCGUUGCAAGCGUCUGCAGUUGCAGAACAGGGAAAAAUCUGCUCAGGAAUGCCAAACUGACAAAGCUGACAAUAAGAUCUUAACUGAGACACACAAAUCUUCGCCAAAAAUUGAAGAAAGUAUCCAGGAAUUCAAAGACUAA